AUGGAGAACCUCUUGAAGCAGCACGAUGACCCCUUCCAUAUGCCGCCGCGGAAAUCAGACGGUUCACCGCGGCUUGUGGCAUCGCCCUCACGGUCCGGGCUCUUCAUGGACCACAAACUCCCAAUGAAGAAUCAGGACGUGACGCCAGCCAGCUGCUCUACCGAUCUGGAGAUUGCACAGGCACGGUGGGAGGCGCUGGUGCAGAUGAUCGAGCUCGAAGAGCAGAGCCGCGCGAGGGAUGUGGCAGAGCUGCGGAUGCUCAUAGAGCAGAGCAUCCGAGGCAAGCCAGAUCUAUCGUCCAGCAAGACUGCGGGCUGGUCGUUGGAAGGACGGCUGCAGGAGAUGAUGGCACGCAUCGCUGCCCAGGAAGCGCAGACAUUGCAGCUUCAAGCAGCGCUGGCUGCGCCUGAGAAGACAUUCAAAACCAUCGUGGAUGAGCUGCAGGCCACGCGGGACGAGGCCACCACAGCUCUCCGAAGGACGUCUGCUCGGCUCAUGGAGGACUUCGAAACCAAGUUGGAGGCCUUGAAGUGUCUCAUUACUACGGUUCCCGGUCAAAGCCUCGACAAGACGCAAGAGGUGCAGAUUCAGGGCCGGGUGCUCAGCAG